AUGCGUUCAGUCAUUCUUUCUCCCGCCCUAUGGCUAGGCUUGACGGCUGUUAUCUCUACCGUCUCUGCUCAACAAGCAGACGCUUCUAUGGCAUGGGCCGACUGGGGUAACAGAAGGUUUCACCCACACCACAGACAUAGUGGCACUUCGACUUCGGCCUUGACUUCAACUUCGACUUCCACCAGCACCAGCACCAGCUCGACUUCGACUUCCACCACCACCAGUACAACUACAGACAUGAGCCCUGACGGUAUCAGCACUACAACAUCCUCAGCUACAACCACCACGUCCACUACCACCUCUACAACCAGCAUUCCGACUACUACCAGCUCCGUCCCCAGCACCUGUCCCUAUGCCGGUAAGGUCAUUUCGAGCAACACUGACUCCUGUGUUACGUAUACCUUCCUGUGUAGCACCACAUACAACGACGAUUCGAGUUUCGUCGAUGAUACAACUACGAAAGCAUCACCCGCUGCAUGUGCCCAUCGCUGCGAUACACUGAACGUUAAUCGUGGCGCGGGAUACUGUGUGGGUGUCGUUUAUGACUUGAAUUCAACCUCAUACAAUUGCAGAACUCUCCGAAGUACGGUUGGAGCCAUAAACAACACUGAUUACGUUGCUCUGAUUCGUAACGACAACUGCGAAACGCAAACCUCGAGCAUUGCUUCCACCACGCAAAGCUCGACGACAAGUAUGACAACCACAACUUCGUUCGAGGUCGGUCCAGUCAUCACGUCUCUCCCAGGUUCGAACACGACGUCUACGACAAGCACGAGUUCGGGAUGGGGAACCUGGACAAAUACUACGUCAAGCUCGAGCACAAGCUCAAGUACUGGGAACUCCACAACCACUGGUACAUCACUCACAACUACAUUCCAGGUCGGCCCUGUCACGACUGCGAUGCCUACCUCUUCCACUAACACGACAACUGGGUCGCAAAGCACAAACUCAACCUCGUCGUCAAGCACCAUCCAUGCAGGUCGUGGUCGGCACGGCCAUCACUCACACUCUCAUAACACUACCACAACCACAACCACAACAACCACCACUCGGCCUCACUGGCAUUGGAGUUCGCCGACGAGUAUUCUCAGCUCGAAUACGACGUCCAGCUCGUCCGCCAACGGUACCACAAGCUCUUGGUCUACCACAAGCGUUACCAGUAUCACAAACACCACUACCACGUCGGCCACAACUUCAUUCGAGGUCGACCCUGUCACAACUGGUUCGGCAAGCUCUACGACAUCCAGCGACGCAGGCACAACUACCAACGGCUGCAAUGCAACUACAGUCUUUGCCACCAUUACGGCUCCGGCCGUGACCUACACGGUGACGAUCACGACCCAUCAUCGCGGUCAAAAUUGGCAGUAG